UCGGUUCGAGACUGUGCCAGUCUACGCUCACCCUCCCCGACAUGCAGAGAGACCCUGACACUGUUCUACAAACAGGCUGACUCUCAGAGAGAGCUGGAGAGAACCUGGGUAGCUGAGCCUUCCACUGGAGAGACAAGAGAGGGCUGGGUGAAGAUCGACACCAUUGCAGCAGACAAGAGUUUCAGUCGCGUGGAGCCAAGUCUACCUCACCAGUACAAAUCUGAGAACGCCCGACGCAUCAACAUCAAAACCCGCAGCUUUGCUCCUCUCACACGAAAAGGGUUUGUUUUAGCUAUAGUAGACAGUGGAGCAUGUGUGUCACUCAUGGGUGUUUCCAUAUUUUAUCGUCGCUGUCCAGCAACCAGUCGUUUCCUGGCUUUCUACCCAGCCACGCCCUCAGGGGCGGAGCCAACGUCUCUAGUUCCGGUGACUGGAACUUGUGUACCCCACAGCCAAUCACAGGGUGGGACAGCACCGAGAAUGCACUGUAACACAGAAGGCGAAUGGCUGGUGCCUGUUGGAGGAUGCACGUGUGAUGCAGGAUAUGAGCCCAAUCAUAAUGGCUCGGCCUGUUUAGCAUGCUCAAUCGGGUCCUAUAAACCAGUGGCCGGCUCAGUUUCGUGCACAGAGUGCCCAGCUAACAGCAGAACCAGUUCCGAAGGGUCUAAACUUUGCGAAUGUCGGAGUGGCUACUACCGCGCACCCACCGAUGCUAACACCACCGCCUGCACAAGCCCUCCAUCAGCGCCGGCAUCUCUGUCAUGGGAGUAUGAGAGUUCAGAGGGCGGGGUGUCGUUGCGCUGGAGACCUCCUGCGAACAUGGGGGGGCGGAGUGAAGUGUGGUACGGGGUGGUGUGUCGAAUCUGCCCCUCUGCCACUAACACGCCACCAAGCAUGUGUUCCUGGUGUGGAGAUACUGUCACUUUUUCCCCAUCUCAAACUGGCUUAAAGCAGACAAGGGUCACCCUCAAAAACCUGCUCACUAGGGUCACCUACCUCAUACAGGUUCAAGCUAUAAAUGAAGUGUCAGCACUGAGCCCUUUUCCACAUCAGUUCGCCAGCAUCAACUUCACCACCAGCCAAUCAGUGCCUUCUGAGGUUCCCAUGCUGCACCAGUUGAACCGAGUUCACGACUCCAUCACGCUGUCCUGGCCUCAGCCUGACCGGCCCAACGGUGACAUCCUGGAAUACCAGCUCCGGUACUACGACAAGGGGUCUGAUGAGGACAGUGCUAUGAGCGUGUUCAGUGAAACCAACACAGUGACAGUUGGAGGUCUGAUUCCAGGCUCCAUCUACGCCUUCCAGAUCCGUGCCCGGAAUGAGAGAGGCUACGGACCCUACAGCCACACGAUUUACUUCAGCACUCUAGCAAUGGAGGAACAGUCAAAGCAGAUUCAGAAUCGCCUGCCUCUUAUGAUUGGAUCGAUAAUGGGUGGAGCAGCGUUUCUAUUGGUUGUGACUGCCAUCAUCAUUGUGUUUGUGUUUCGAAGUAAAAGGAGAGAAAGCCCUUAUAGCGACAGACUUCAGAGAUACAUCAGCAACAGAGGUGGGGUGAAAUAUUAUGUGGACCCCUCUACUUACGAAGACCCCAGUGAGGCGGUCAAAGAAUUUGCACGUGAAAUCGACCCUGCUCACCUAAAGAGCGAAGAAGUCAUUGGUGCUGCUCAGUUCGGGGAGGUGUCCCGUGGCCGGUACAGGCCACUAGGUCGUAGAGAGGUGCUGGUUGCGGUUAAGACCUUGCGUUGGGGAGUGACAGACCGUGAGAAGAAUGUGUUUCUCAGUGAGGCCGGAGUCCUUGGCCAGUUUGACCACCCUAAUGUACUGAAACUGGAAGGUGUGAUCACUCGCACCCCUCCUGAACGGAUUAUCACAGAGUUUAUGGAGAAUGGACCCCUGGAUGCCUUUCUCAGGGAAAACGAGGAUCAGUUCAGCGUGUUGCAGCUGGUAGGCAUGUUGAGAGGUGUUGGAGCUGGAAUGCGUUAUCUUUCAGAGAGAAAUUUUGUCCAUCGUGACCUUGCUGCCCGGAACAUUCUGGUGAAUUCAAACCUGGUUUGUAAGGUAUCUGACUUCGGCCUGUCCCGUUUAAUGAGGGGUCUGGACCACAACAUGCCCACCUACACUGCUUCACUGGGCAGUAAGAUCCCAGUGCGGUGGACAGCUCCUGAAGCUUUCCAGCAUCGUAAAUUCAGUUCAGCGAGUGACGUCUGGAGUUUUGGGAUACUCAUGUGGGAGGUCAUGUCAUAUGGAGAACGUCCAUACUGGGACAUGAGCAACCAAGAGGUGAUGAAGGCAGUGGUUGAGCAGUACCGUUUACCUGCUCCGAACGGUUGUCCUCCAGCUCUUCACUCUCUGAUGCUGCAGUGCUGGCAGGCCGACAGACAGGACCGGCCAGGCUUUGAUUCUCUCCUGUCGUCUCUUGACCGUCUCAUACGCCACCCUGCCUCCCUGAAGGCCGAACACAGCCGUCCCACCCAGCCACUCUUAAGCCCCACCCCUACUGACCUCUCAACAGUGACAACAGUCGGUGAUUGGCUGACAGCUCUAAAGAUGGACCGGUAUAAGGAUGCGUUUGAGAGAGCACAGUACCACAGUCUGGAAAGAGUGAGCAUGCUCACAAUGGAGGAUGUUCAGGCUCUAGGAGUGAAUCUGCUCGGUCAUCAGCGGAAGAUCGUAAAUGCAGCUAAGCAGCUCAGGACACACCUCACUCAGGGACAUGUGGAGGUCUGAUGCUUCCCAAAUUGUGUUGACACUGCAGUGCAUGCUGGGAGAUCGAGUCCACAAGAACACUGGAAUAGACAUGAGGAUGACAAAAGGAGUCUUGAGUGAAAAAGAAGAUUUUUAUGAUGAAUUAUUUGCCCAUCAGUCCCACGCUUUCUUGCUGAACUGUUGUCUUCCAUAUUCUUCUUUCACUUACUCCCUCCUUCGGUGUUGCACUACCUCUCACUUUCUUAUCAGUUCACUACUUACUGGCAUUCAGUAUGAACUUGAGCCUUAAGAACACAAAAAGAAAGCUCCUUCACAAUCAGUUGCAAGGACAAUCAGAGACUUUAAAUGGAUGGUAGCUGACUGUUAUGUCUUUGUUGGCACGUGUUGGUCAAGGGCACUAGAUGUUUUAGUUUUAACUACACAAACAAACAAUACUCAUAUUGAUCAAUAAACUGAACCCCACAAGUACACUUCUAAAAGUCAUGUUUAUAAUAAGCAUUUUACCUUGCUUUCCAGUAAAAAUAUCUGAGAGCUUAUCAAGUUUUUGUUAAGGAUGUGUUAAUAUUGUUUUCAGAAAAUACACACUACUGAACAAAGGUUUGGGGUCAGUGAGAUUUAAAUGUUUUU